CUCCCUUCUCCUCCCGACAACUUCCUCCCAGCUUCUUCAACCUGCUAAACCUACAGGAAUACAUCCACCCACUCUCCCGUAUACCACCCAUUCCAAACUCUCCCUUCGCAUUCUUCACCCACCCAGCAAGGCGUCCCCGCCUCACAUUCCACCCGUCGCAUCGGGUUAAGCUUUAUCUCCUCCUUCCCCGUUUUCGUCAUAUCCGGUUCGUUCAAGCCCGCGCACAACGACUGGGUUAAGACUCAGGGUCUUCCUCCAGUCCGCUGGACUUGGUCCCAUCAUUUACUUUGGAUUCGAACCCAUCAACCCUACCCCCCCCUCCCAACAUGGCGCCUCAUUCGUUCUGGGAAAGGACGAAAGGAACGUCCAAGAAAGGCUUCGAUAAGGCAUGGCAUACUCUCGACAAACUGGGCGAUCCCGUCAACCGUCUAUCCUACAAGGUCGGCGCCGAGGCCUUCUGGCCCAUGACCAUCGAUAAGGAGAGCGAUAAAGCGGCUCGCAUUCUACGCAGCUUCUGCAAAGAUGGCUUCUACACAGACCAGGAAUCAGAGAGCCGACGGUCCGACAGCGUCUCCAGCAUCAAUAGCAAAGCAACCGGCAACAGCAAAGCAACCGGCAAGAUCGAUCGUCCCAAGGGCAAGCAACGCGUUCUACAAAAGAUCCCCACCAAGGUCAUCCGCCAGGCCAAGGGUCUGGCCAUCUUCACCACCAUGCGCACCGGUCUCUGGCUCAGUGGUUCCGGCGGAAGUGGUGUGCUCCUGGGUCGCAUCCCCGAGACUGGCGAGUGGAGUCCCCCGUCCGGCAUCAUGCUCCAUACCUCCGGCAUUGGGUUCCUGGCCGGCGUCGACAUCUACGACUGCGUCGUCGUCAUCAACACCUACGAGGCUUUGAACGCCUUCAAGCAUUUCCGCUGUACCCUAGGCGGCGGCCUCAGCGUCGCCGCCGGCCCCGUCGGCAUGGGCGGCAUGCUCGAGUCCGAAGUCCACAGGCGUCAGGCCCCCAUCUGGACCUACAUGAAGAGUCGCGGCUUCUACGCCGGCGUCCAGGUCGACGGCACCGUCAUCAUCGAACGCACAGACGAGAACGAGCGCUUCUUCGGCGAACGCAUCUCCGUGACCGACAUCCUGGCCGGCAAGGUGAAACACCCUCCGGACUCCAUCAAAACCCUGAUGCAGACCGUGCGCGCCGCCCAAGGUGACACCGACGUGGACGAGAGUCUGGUGGCGCCCCCCGGCAUCACCCCCGGUGACGUGGACGUGGUCGCCUCGACCUUUGGCGUCCCGGCCGCCGACGACCCCGACCCCUUUGGCGUCAAGGCCCUCGAGGCCGAGGGGCUCUUCAUCCGCGAGGCCGGCUCCCGCUCCCGGGCCCACCAGGAGGUCUUUGAAUUCCGUCCCAGCCCCAGCAGCCCCAUCUACUCGACCUACCGGCGCAGCCUCGACAGCUCCCCCCGGGACAGCUGGCGCACCAGCGUCCAGAGCCAUACCAGCCAGGACCGCGGCACCCAGACCGACGCCCCGACGGCCCCGACCUCUGUCAGCCGCGCCUCCUCGCGGAGCACCCGCGGCGACGUUUCCGCCGAGACGCCGUCGGGGCCCGUCAAGUGGGACCACGAGGGCGUGCAGUGGGAGGCCGCCAUCCCCGAACGCCACGCGACCCCGGGGGCAGACGACGAGGAGCGGGACCCGGAUGAGGACUCUCAGGACGAGGACGAGGACGAGGACGAGGACUUUGAAAUCCACGAGGUCAGCAGCGCCACCGUGAGCCGCCGCGACAGUGCCCCCUCGUCCCCCAUCUCGUUGGAUGAUCCCCACGCUCCCGUGGACGUCAAGCGUCAGUCGCCUACCUUUACCCGCGCCCGCUUGGUCACCAUCCCCAAACGUCCGCCCCCGCCGCCGCUGCCCCCUCGCGAUCCUUCCCAUCGGCCUUCUGCGUCGCCUCCUGCUUCGCCCGUCUCCCAGCGGGUUGAGUCACCGCUGCCCCCGCGCAAUCCUUCCCACCGAGCGUCUGUCUCCCCUCCACGCUCGCCCGUCUCUCAGCGGGUUGAGUCGCCGCUGCCCCCGCGCAAUCCCUCCCACCGACCGUCCGCCUCUCCGCCGGGCUCGCCCAUUCAGGCUCAGUCCGAAUUGCCCCUUCCGCCCCGCGAUCCGCAGCACCGCCCGUCCGUCUCGCCGUCUAGGUCACACGUCUCCCACUCUCCCCCGUCACUCGAGACGGAGCAGACCCAGAACGGAUUUGCUGAACUGCCUCUGGGCCCCACCGACGAUGCCUCUGAGGCGUCGCGCGGAGCCUCUCCCGCCCGGACUCAGGACAAGGACGAGUUCCACUCGGUAUCCACGGCCCGGUCAUGGGACUCUGCCUCGGACACGGAGGCGAGCACCAAGGAUAAUGUUUCCACCUCCGACGUGGACGCUCGGCUAGACGCCGACGAGGACAAGAUGGAGCCGGUCGAGCCAGUCAAGACGGUGACGGAGGAAGACAGCCAUACGACCUCCGUACAGCGGCAGACUGCGUCUGUUCUUUAAGAGUUCUUUCAUCGCGUUCGUCUGUUCGUGUAACUGUAUAUAUCUGGAGAGAUUCAUUAGCCCCUCUUUCUCCUCCACUCCCUCCCUCCUUGUUCCUUUUUCUGUUUUCGUUGUCGUGUGCACCUCCACCCCACCCACCUCCAUACCUCAGUUCAGUUAUGUCUUUUCGAUUGUUCACUUAGCGUGUUGGCGUGCAGAUGGGAAGGGACAUGGAAAUAUACCUGGGCGUUUGGAUGUUUUCUUUUGAUUUAUUCUUCCUUUUCUCCUUUUUCUACUCUUUUUGCUACUUCGGUUGGUUGUAUAAGGUGAGGACAUGUAAGAAAAGGAAGCGGAUUAGAUUUAUUUUAUAUCCUCAUGUGUUGAGUUGUUGAAUACGAUAUUGUAAUAUAGAUAGUGCUGUGGAUUUUAAGAUAUCUGGUUGGGUUGUUUGUUAU